AUGGAUCGUAUCCGCAGACUCAUCGCCCGUCGGGUGGCGUAUGAGCGACUACCAGAGUCCACCGCAGAAGACGCCGAUGAGACGAGAUACACACCGCGAGACCAGCAGUCCCCAUUCUCAAGAUUACAAUAUAGCAUUUUCUUCCUCCUAGGAGUGUCUAUGCUAUGGGCCUGGAACAUGUUCCUUGCCGCGGCACCAUAUUUCUACAGCCGGUUUGAGUCGGACGACUGGACAAGGUUGCACUACCAACCCUCGAUUCUUUCUGUGUCGACAGUCACGAACCUCGGUACCGCUUAUGUCCUGGCAAAGCUACAGAAGAAUGCCUCGUACCCGUGGAGAGUGACGCUCUCGCUGUUGAUGACCUGCGCCGUGUUUUCGAUCCUCGCCUUCUCGGCGGUCGUCAUGCAUGAUGCGUCGCCGCGAGUGUACUUUGCAUUCCUGAUGGUGAUGGUCUUCGGCGCCAGUCUGGCGACUGGUAUCAAUCAGAAUGGUGUUUUCGCUUAUGUCUCGAGCUUCGGUCGACAGGAGUAUACGCAGGCUAUUAUGGGUGGGCAGGGUGUUGCGGGCGUGCUGCCUUGUAUUGCUCAGAUCUUUUCCGUUCUGGCGGUGCCAUCGAAAGGGAGUGAAGGCAAAGAUGAUGGUCCCAGUAUGCCUCAUACGACUUCAUCGAGGUCGGCGUUUAUUUACUUUCUAACAUCUACGGGUGUCUCGGUUAUCGCUCUGCUGGCAUUCCUAUAUCUGCUCAGGCAUCAACCUGCUUCAAGGCAAAAGGUAUUAAGAGAGAACGAUGAGACUGUCACGGAUGAGCACGAACAGGCUAAGACAGUCAGUCUCUGGACUCUGUUCGUGAAGCUGCGGUUCUUGGUAUUCGCCGUGUUCUUCUGCUUCAUGAUUUCUAUGGUGUUCCCCGUUUACACUGCCGAGAUCCAGUCGGUCAACGACCCUACCAGUUCACGGAUCUACGAUCCCAGUGUCUUUGUGCCUUUAGCACUGUUGGUCUGGAACCUGGGUGACUUAAUCGGAAGAUUGGGGGUGGCUAUUCCGGGGAUAUCACUGGGAGAGUAUCCUCAAAUGGCUGCCGUUGUGGCCAUUGCCCGAAUGAUGUUCAUUCCCAUGUACCAACUCUGCAAUAUCAAUGGCCAUGGUGCUGUUGUCAAGAGUGACACAUUCUACUUCCUUGUUCAGCUCCUCUUCGGUGUUACAAAUGGAUACCUGGGAACAAGCUGUAUGAUGGGUGCCAGUCACUGGGUUGUUGCGGAUGAGAGAGCAGCUGCUGGUGGCUUCAUGAGCCUGAUUCUCGUAGGCGGAUUAGCUGCCGGUAGCUUGCUGAGUUUCUUCGUUGCCAGUGGUUGA